AUGAGAUUAUGGCCAAAGAAAAAUGGCUCUGAGAUUUGGUAAGAAUUUAUAACAGAGAAUUAACGAUUAAAAGAAUAAUUGAAGCACUCAAAUUAUAUUGAUCAUACAACAAGAGAUCUAACAAAUAUCUUAGAGACUUAAUUGGAAACCAACAUAAAGAGAGAAUUGGUUAAUGAGAGUAAUUUUAAAUAAGCUGGAGGCAAGAGCUUGGAAAGCAAUGCCGUUACGUAAUCUUGA